UACUUUGGCAUUUUGUCUUGGCCUCUAUGUGUUUGGUUUUUUGUGUGUGAGAGAGUGAGUUUCAUGCUCCUUUGCAAGAUAAAGAAGAUAAUGGUAGUGGAAGAAAGCAUUGCUAAGGCACACAUGUAGCUUCUGGGGAUUGUCCAAUAACCUUAUUGAAAUCAUAUCAAGCAUUCUCAGAUCUCAAGGAUCUUAGAAUUUUGAGCUUCGAAGUUUGGUUUGGUUUGUUUUUGGGCUUUUGUGUAUUUUCCUGGUUGCUGAUUAAUCUUUUGGUCUCAGACACUGCUGGUUGGAUUAAAAUUCUCCUUUUCCAAGCUGGUUCUGUGGCGAAAAAUGCAAUUUUGGCAUCUGGGUUGGUUGGAUUGAUGGCUAUAGAAUUGGCUCUCAUGGGAAAGUUGCUAUUUUUGGGAAAAAUGCACUUGCUUUGGUAGAAUCUGAUUCUGAGAAAGGCUUUUAUUUGUUUGGAUAAGCUGAUGAUAAGGUGGUGCAGACAUAAGUUCCAUGUCACAAUGGAGAGUGUACUUUUCAAUUAUGGUGGUUUUGAUUAAUGGCUGCUUUGUAAGUGAAAGAGUGUGUAAUUGAACUGAGAAUAGAGAAUGGAACUUAGUAGUUCAGUUUCAUGGCUACUUGGUUUACUUCUUUUGGCUAUGGUGGAAAUGUCUUCUUCUGCUCUUUCUCCUUCCGGGAUAAAUUAUGAAGUUGUAGCUCUGAUGGCCAUUAAGAAUGGCUUGAAUGAUCCCCACAAUGUCCUUGAGAAUUGGGAUAUCAAUUCUGUUGAUCCUUGUAGCUGGAGGAUGAUUACUUGUUCUCUAGAUGGCUCCGUUUCUGCAUUGGGAUUGCCUAGUCAAAACUUGUCUGGUACACUAUCUCCAGGGAUUCAAAACCUUACUAACUUGCAAUCAGUGUUGCUUCAAAACAAUGCUAUUUCCGGUCAGAUUCCUGCUGCAAUUGGAAAGCUAAAAAAGCUUGAGACACUUGACCUUUCCAAUAAUGCAUUUAGUGGUGAGAUACCAAGUUCUUUGGGAGGUCUCACAAGCCUGAACUACCUGCGGUUGAACAAUAACAGCCUUACCGGAGCAUGCCCUCAGUCUCUUAGUAACAUUGAAGGUCUAACACUUGUGGACCUCUCUUAUAACAAUUUGAGUGGUUCUUUGCCAAGAGUAACAGCAAGAACAUUCAAGAUUGAGGGUAACCCAUUAAUAUGUGGUCCAAAAGCAAAUAACUGUUCUAAUGUGUUGCCAGAACCACUUUCCUUCCCUCCAGAUGCUCUAACAGCUCAAUCAGACUCUAGCAACAAAAGCCAUCGUGUUGCAGUUGCUUUUGGUGCGAGUUUCGGUUCUGCUUUUAUCAUUGUAAUUAUUGUUGUGUUUCUCGUUUGGUGGCGAUACAGACAGAAUCAGCAGAUAUUCUUUGAUGUUAGCGAGCAAUACGACCCUGAGGUGCGCCUUGGUCAUUUGAAGAGGUAUUCAUUCAAAGAGCUUAGAGCCGCAACAGACCAUUUCAGUUCAAAGAAUAUUUUAGGAAAGGGUGGCUUUGGAAUAGUCUACAAAGGGUGCUUGAAUGAUGGAACAAUUGUGGCAGUUAAAAGGUUGAAGGAUUACAAUGCUGCUGGUGGUGAGAUCCAAUUUCAGACAGAGGUUGAGACAAUAAGUUUGGCUGUGCACCGGAAUCUUCUGCGUCUCAGUGGAUUUUGCAGUACUCAGAAUGAAAGGCUCCUUGUUUAUCCUUAUAUGUCCAAUGGCAGUGUAGCCUCUAAAUUAAAAGAUCAUGUUCAUGGUUGGCCAGCCUUAGAUUGGGUGAGGAGGAAGAGAAUAGCGAUAGGUACAGCGAGGGGGUUGGUUUAUUUGCAUGAACAAUGUGAUCCGAAAAUUAUUCAUCGUGAUGUCAAAGCAGCCAAUAUAUUGCUAGAUGAAGAUUUCGAAGCAGUUGUUGGCGAUUUUGGUUUGGCUAAGCUUCUGGAUCACAGAGAUACUCAUGUGACAACUGCUGUCCGCGGAACUGUCGGCCAUAUUGCUCCAGAGUACUUAUCUACAGGUCAGUCAUCAGAGAAGACUGAUGUGUUUGGGUUUGGAAUCUUGCUUCUUGAGCUAAUCACAGGCCAUAAGGCUGUAGAUUUCGGGCGAGCAGCAAACCAGAAGGGCGUCAUGCUUGAUUGGGUUAAGAAGCUCCACCAAGAUGGAAGAUUAGGCCAAAUGGUGGACAAAGAUCUAAGGGGAAGUUUUGAUUUGCUUGAGUUGGAAGAAAUGGUGCAGGUAGCACUAUUAUGCACACAAUUCAAGCCUUCGCAUCGCCCGAAGAUGUCAGAAGUAUUGAAGAUGUUGGAAGGUGAUGGAUUAGCUGAGAGAUGGGAGGCCUCACAGUCACACAAGAUUGAAACACCAAGGCUCCGAUCUAGUAAUAGUGAAAAUAACCCUCAAAGAUAUUCAGAUUUCAUAGAAGAGUCUUCACUCAUAUUAGAAGCUAUGGAGCUUUCUGGCCCAAGGUGACAACAAAUCAUCUUGGCUUUCCACUAUAUAUAGAUGUAGUUUCAACGGUUAAAGAAAAAACACAACAUUAUUAUAUAUGUAUUUGGUGUCUAAUGUCAAUAGCUAUGAAUAUGAUUGCUUGUAUUCUUCUGUAAAAAGUUCUUUAAAAGAAAAGUAAGGAAACUCGUGCAUUGUAGUUGGUUCAAAAGAAUUUUGAAUCAACGGUGGGGAAUUCUAGUUUUUUUGGUAUUGAAACGGAACCGGAGCCCAAAUUAAGUUAGCAUAUAAAACGCAAGAA